AUGAUAGAAAGAAAUGGAGUAGUAGAUAGGAACCAAAUUUUAUUUUUUUGUUAUGAUAAGAAUGGAAACAAAGAGGAAUACGAGUCAACACAUACCUUCUUCUUUGCUGACGAUUUGUUAUUAUCUCAAAUGUUAAUCCUUCAUCUGCUCUUCUAUUCACACUAGCCCCAAUUUCUUCUUCUUCUUCUACAAUAACAACUGCAAAUAUGACUUCUCCCUCCAUCUUUCUAAACCCUAUUUUUAUUUCACUAAUAAUACCCGUUAUUCUAGGUACGGUUUUCUAUCAACUCGAUUCCUUCGACCCGGUUUCUUAUCCGACCCAUGUGCUCUCUACUGACCCGCCUAUUGUUGCACCAAAGCGCAAUAACCAGGUGCUCCGUGGCUCCGAAAACAUCGGAGUUAACCAGCUAUUAGCACCCGAAGACGUAGCCUACGAUCCGGAAUCGGGAGUUAUAUACACUGCGUGUGUUGAUGGGUGGGUUAAAAAAGUGAAAGUCAACGAAUCGGCGGCGGAUUCCACGGUGGAGGAUUGGGUUUUCACCGGUGGCAGACCUCUCGGGCUUGCUCUAGGACAUCACGGCGAAGUUAUCGUUGCAGAUUCAGAAAAGGGAUUAUUACUCAACGUUACUUCUGAGGGUGAAAUUAAAGUGCUAACAGAGGAAGCUGAAGGCCUGAAAUUGAAAUUGGCAGACGCUGUAGACGUUGCAGAGGAUGGAAUUAUAUAUUUCUCCGAUGCUUCUUACAAAUAUAAUAUCGAACAAUACAUUUAUGAUUUUCUUGAAGGAAGACCCCAUGGAAGAUUGUUAAGUUAUGAUCCAUCAACUAAACAGACUAAAACGCUACUUAGCAACCUGCAUUUUGCUAAUGGCGUUGCAGUCUCUCCAGAUCAAAAUUAUGUUAUCUUCUGUGAAACUCCUCUGAGGAAAUGCAAAAAGUAUCAUAUAAAAGGCGAAAAAAAAGGAUCCGUGGAUAUGUUUGUUGAUAAUUUACCUGGAUUUCCUGACAACAUUCGUUACGAUGGUGAAGGGCAUUAUUGGAUUGCAUUUGCCUCGGAAAACACAUAUUCAUGGGACUUGACCCUAAAGUACCCAUUCAUCAGAAAGAUAAUGGCUAUAAUGGUGAAAUAUGUUGGACAACCAAAGACAGAGAAAAAUGGUGGUGUUUUAUCUGUUGAUUUACAAGGAAAUCCACUGGAACACUAUUAUGAUGAGGAUUUGACAAUGGUGUCAAGUGGCAUUAAGAUUGGUGAUCAUUUGUACUGUGGCUCUGUUAAGUCUCCGUAUAUACUACGCCUCAAUCUCAAACAAUAUCCUGCCGUUUAAACUUCAUAAACAAAAAUGUAAGUGUUUGAUUUCAAAAAAUAAUGGGUGUAUUUGUUAGUACAAGUAUAUUCGUUCAAUUUUGCAUAAGAUUUCCACUAUAUAAGAUGUGUAAGUGUUUUCUUUUUAAUUUAUUAUAAAUAAUAAUAAGAGUCAGCAUAUGCAACUAAA